GAUUGCAGAUCGAACUCGAACAUAAAAACGCGAAAUUGUAAAUAAGUAAAUAUUGUUUUUCACUAUGUUGCCAUUGUCCCUAUUAAAGACCGCACAGAGCCACCCUAUGUUGGUGGAAUUAAAGAAUGGUGAGACCUACAAUGGACAUUUGGUGAGCUGCGACUCCUGGAUGAAUAUAAAUCUUCGCGAUGUCAUUUGCACCUCAAAGGACGGCGAUCGGUUUUGGCGUAUGCCAGAAUGCUACAUACGUGGGAGUACGAUCAAAUAUCUGCGAAUUCCUGAUGAAGUAAUUGACAUGGUUAAGGAGGACGCUCAAGCAAAGUCACGGAAUCGGGGAGAGAUGAACAAAAAUCGUGGUGGUAAUUCGCAACAAAACCAAAAUCAGCGUGCGGUUCGCAGUGGCAACAGAAAUAAUUUCAACAAUCGCGGUGGACAAGGCGGCGGACCUGGUCUAGGCAAUGGAGGAAUGCGAACUGGCGGCUCUGGUCAGGGAAACCGACUUCUUGCUCAGAAUAACAAAAAUAGAAAAUAGUAUUUGGAGUAGAUUUAUACAAAAUACUUUUAUACAUA